CUAGCCUCCACUACGAUCCCCUCCAUGUGGCCACAAACAAAACCCAUCUUCAAAUCUCCCCAUUUUCUGUCCUGCUUGCAUAACUGUCCCACCCAUCUUCUUUCUUCUCUUUUGUUUCUUGUUUCUUUCCCCGUAGAGAGAAAACCAUUUGGGUUCAAAAAUGAAAAAGACCUCAAUGGAUUGAUCAAUUGAGGUCUUAUCGUCCCAACCCAUAAACAACUAUGCAAUCCUCCAGUGCCAGCACUCAAGAACCUGGUAAUUUAUUCUCACUUGUAUCCAAAUUGAGUUACUUGGCAUUUGAGUCUAGGUUAAAGACUCGGAAUUCAGAUGGGUACUCUUCAAUUUUGCCUAAUUGCAUAUGUUUUAAUGGAGUUAAGAAGAAAUCCAAGGUUGUAGCUUCAUUGAGUUUGAGUGGUGGAAGUGGUUGUAAUAAUAAUAUUAGGAAAGUGUUCAAUGAGUUCAAUAGGUUUGUUAGGUUUCACUGUGAGAAAAUCCCAAUUGGUUUCGCUUCCCUUCGGAUUGGUUCGAAUGAUGAUGUUAAUGGAUUGGGGGAAGAUGGUUGUAGUGUUUUAGAGGAUGAAGGACUACCCUUGAAUGGUGUUGGGUUGGUUAGGAAAAAAAAGGUACUGAUUUUGAUGAGUGACACGGGUGGCGGUCACCGGGCUUCUGCGGAAGCUAUUAAGGCCACGUUCAAUGAAGAAUUCGGUGAUGAAUACGAGGUGUUCGUUACUGAUUUAUGGACAGAUCAUACUCCAUGGCCAUUUAACCAAUUGCCCAGGAGUUAUAGCUUCUUGGUGAAAACCGGGCCUCUGUGGAAAAUGACUUACUAUGCAUCUGCUCCGCGGGUAGUGCACCAAUCCAAUUUUGCUGCAACAUCGACGUUUAUAGCUCGAGAGGUUGCCAAGGGCUUGAUGAAGUACCAGCCAGACAUAAUUAUCAGUGUACAUCCUCUGAUGCAACAUGUUCCCCUCCGUAUCUUGAGGGCAAAGGGUCUUUUAAAGAAGAUUGUGUUCACCACUGUAAUUACAGAUUUAAGCACUUGCCAUCCGACAUGGUUUCAUAAGCUUGUUACAAGGUGCUAUUGCCCCACCGAAGAGGUAGCAAAAAGGGCUUUAAAAGCUGGACUUGAGCCUUCUCAAAUCAAGGUUUUUGGCCUUCCUGUGCGACCAUCCUUUGUUAAGCCUGUUCCCCCAAAGGGGGAGUUGAGGAGAGAACUGGGAAUGGAUGAGGAUCUUCCUGCUGUGUUGUUGAUGGGCGGUGGCGAAGGGAUGGGUCCCAUUGAGGCUACGGCACGAGCACUUGGAAACUCAUUGUAUGAUGAGAAUGCCGAGGAGCCAGUAGGUCAGGUCCUCAUAAUAUGUGGCCGAAACAAAAAGCUUGCCAACAAAUUGGCUUCUAUUGAAUGGAAAAUUCCUGUCCAGGUGAAGGGGUUUGUCAGUAAAAUGGAAGAAUGCAUGGGAGCAUGUGAUUGCAUUAUUACAAAGGCUGGUCCAGGGACUAUCGCAGAAGCUAUGAUCCGAGGACUCCCCAUAAUUCUCAAUGAUUACAUUGCUGGGCAGGAAGCUGGAAACGUGCCAUACGUGGUGGAAAAUGGAUGCGGUAAAUUCUCAAAAUCGCCAAAAGAGAUAGCUAAUAUCGUUGCUCAAUGGUUCGGUCCGAAAGCAGAUGAACUGAAGGCCAUGUCCCAGAAUGCCCUGAGGUUAGCUAGGCCGGAUGCUGUGUUUAAGAUAGUCCAUGAUCUUCAUGAGUUGGUCGGACAGAAAAGUCUUGUACCCCAACCACAAUUUUGUUCAACUUGAAAAUCGAACGUUUUAAACCAUCUUUGUGAUCAAUAGUUCCGAACAUGACUUACCGUUCAGCAAAAGUAAACAUUUUUGUUAUGACCCUUGAUUCAUUUGCUUUGUUCUGAUAGUUCAAUGAGGAACUUGACACAGUUCCAUAUUUAAUCA